UGCAUCCAAUUCUCAGUUCGCUCGUCGCACCGUUCAAUCGCAAUUCGAAAUGUCGCGUCCGGUUAGUCUGUCCGUCGUGGUCCUCCUGGUCCUGGUGUGCCACCUGGGAGCCUCCAUUGCCAAGCCGCACGAGGAGAUGAGCAAGGACCACGCCGCCCAGUUGGCCAACGAGUGCAAGGCGGAGACGGGCGCCACCGAUGAGGAUGUGGAGAAGAUGCUGAAGCACGAGGAACCGGAAACCCACGAGGCCAAGUGCCUGCAGUCCUGCGUGAUGAAGAAGUUCCAGAUUGUGGAUGAGUCCGGCAAGCUGAGCAAGGAGCACGCCCUGGAGCUGGUGAAGCACAUCAGUAAGCCCGACGCGGAGAAGGAGGACGCCCCCGCCGAGGUGGUUGACAAGUGCGAGGGGAUCGAGUUGCCCGAGGAUCAUUGCGAAGCUGCUGUUGCCUUCUCGACCUGCAUCUACGAGCAGAUGAAGGAGCACGGACUCGAGCUGGAGGAACACUGAGGAGGAAAAGACAGACUCUAGACCCCUGCUGAACCCGUUACAGAAUCACAAACGCCCUUCUAUUUUUUCUAUGUGUAUACUAUGCCUAGUCGUUAAGUAACCGAUAAAGCGAGAAACUGCAAA